UAAAUCGUCUGCUAUAAAACCUAAUGCCACAGCUAACAUGGUCAGUUCAGUUCAGAUAAUCGUAUUAGAACUCUAAUUUUUUUUAUAUCAUAAAAAAAAUGUUCAAAUUUGUUGUGUUGUUAACUUGUGCUUUCGUAGCCGUUAAUGCGGUGAGCGAAGAACUGAAAGGAAAAUUCUUAGAAAAAAUGACGAAAAUUGGGGGAGAAUGUGCAAAGGAAGUAGGGGCCAAUGAAGAUGAUAUUGCCGAAUUAAUGGCCCAUAAACUACCGUCUAGGCAUGAAGGAGAAUGUAUGAUCUUCUGCUUCCAUAAACAUUUAGGUUUGAUGAAUGAAGAUGGAACACUCAACAAGGAAGGUGCAAUGAAAGCUGCUGAACCUUUGAAAGCUGAUGACCCAGAACUUCACGAAAAAGUAGUGAAGAUUGGAAAGGAAUGUGCUGAAGAAGUUGCCGCAGAUGACGACAAGUGCAAGUAUGCAACCAAACUGACUGAGUGUGUAGUUAAGAAAGGAAAAGCGAUGGGAUUGGAUUCCUCAGUGCUCCAUUAAAUCCAUAAUGUACCUACAAUCAAAUCCAGUGAUACAAAUCAAGUUUCGUUAUACAAAAUAGUUUAUUAUUCUCUGUAUGUUAUUUCAUAAAAAUAAAAUAUUUAUGAAUCUUA